CUUCCCAAUUUUCCUGACGGCUCUCUCCUCACAACUGAGUUGCAGAAUAGCAACUGCAGCUUGAAUACUCCCCUGCUGCCGACGGAGAGGAUACCGGCGACUCACUUGAGUAUGCCACCAUUGGAUCAGCAGCCCUAUCUAAGCCUGAGCCCAGGCCUUAACAACACAACCGGUGUCUUCCAAUUCUGUCCGACGGUUUCUAAUUCCGCCUCGCCAGCUCGGUUUACACCAUGCGCUGUGCAACGGGUGUGA